AUGGGAAAUAUAGCAAUAAAACAAAAUUCAACCGAUUUUUAUAUUGAAAAGGUUAAAAAAUUUAUUGGAGCUUUUGGAAGAUUAAAUGAAAAAGAGGCAUUAGAAUUUAUAAAAGAAAAUUUAGAUGAAGAGUAUCAACAUGUAAUAAAAUUGGAAUGUGGUACAGAAUCCAAAGUUCUUGGUCACCAACAAACUCUGGAAUAUUGGAAAUUGGCAUUAAAAAAUAAAUGGAAAGGUGCCUACGUUUUGGGAAAAGUUCAACCAAAUGAUGACGAUGAUGGAAAAGUUAGAAUAAAAUGUAUUUUUCAAAAUUUAAUUGACAUUCAAGAUAGGGACAUUUAUAACUAUUUCAUCUUAUUUGCAAUUUAUGAUUCAACUACAAAAUUAUUAGAAUCAUGUAUUUAUCAAGAAGUUACUACCUUAUAUUUAAAAGAUGUUAAAAAUUUAAUUGAUAAUAAUAAAUUGUAA